CUGCGCCCGUUCUGCGCCUGCCCCCCUGGUGGGGGCGGCCGCGGGGACUAACGGGGCACCGCCACUGCGGGGGCGACCAGAGGGCGCUGCCGGGUUCCCGCCUGCAGCUGGCCACUGUGCGGGAGCCCCGAGAACCCUAUCCGCAGGGGAUUUGGCGCAGGGGAGCAGGAUUCAUCCGGGAAGGAAACAUCUGGUGGGGAGGCGGUGGCAACUGCGAUCAGGAGGCUGCCCCUCCGUGCCUCCACUCCCGCCUUCCCAGGCCCAGACGGUGAAGAGAGGCCCUGGCCCGCGUGCGCCCAGGGGGCCGCCCCGCCCUCCCGCCGCCAGCUGCUGCGCGAGGUCGCCUUCCCACGCGCUCAGCCCUCGUCCCUACUACCCAACCCACUCCACUCUCCCAGGGUCGGGUAGGGCCAACCCGGCAUGCGAGAGAGGAGCGGGGCUCCGCCUGGGUGGAGAGGCCGCCUCUGUGCUCGCCUCAUCCCGCGCGGUCCCAGCCGGCGCAGGCUCUGCGCCCGCGCUGACAAUUCCCCCUGCCUCCCCACCUCCUCCGACCCACCUCGCGCCGACGCAGACCCAAGCCUCAGCAGGGCCCUCAAGACCGUUUCGCCCCAUUUUCCUUUACCUCUGAGUUUCAUGGCUGCCUAAGGAAUUCGUUUUUGCGUUUGUGGUGUCUAUAAGGCCGAAGUGGCGGCUCACGCAGAGGCCCAGGGAAAACUGUGGUGGCAGGACUGCGCCCUAGGGCAGCCCCAGCACCCCCAAGCCUCCUGAAGUCCCGAUCCUAGGGGCGGACUCAGACCGUGGCGGGUGGCACCCUCACUCCCAGGGGCCUUCUGGCUCUUAGGACUCCGGAAAGGUCCCUUGGGAUUCCGAUAGACGUCCCAGACGACUCUUCUCCCAAGCCUGUCCCCACUCCACAGUGGGACGUGGGAUGCCCUCUAGGGAACGAGUCCCUGAGAACUCGUUUUCAGCUCGGAGCGCCAACAGGUAGUCUUAGUGUCCUGCAUCCUGCUCUGAGAGCCGCGUAGCUCCUAGUCUGGCAGCCUAAGACGCGCGAAGGCCAAGGACGAGAUCCUUGUCCCCGCCUGUGGUCCCCCAGCACCCUUGUUACUGAACUAGCCUAGACCAUGGAGAGCUGCUGUACCCCCAAGAGCCUGCAGCUCCCAGGUGAACGCGGCGCCCAUCGCCUUCACUCCGAGAGGAAGGCAAAUUUCGAGUUCCCUAGACCUCCUUGCCUGCCUGGUUCCGCCCCCGAGCAGCCCCAAGCGGAGCUGGAGGCUCUGCCCCGCCUCACCGCCGGGCUCAGGUUUCGACCCCGGGAUUAGGUGAACUGAUUGGGGGUUAAUGAGAGCGGCGCGGCGGGCAGCUAGCUCCCUCCCAGGACCGCUCCUGACCCCGGCGCACUGGCCGUGGCAGCGCACCCUGCGCUCUCCGCGUUGGAUAAUCUGUUGUUUCUCCGCGGACUACAGACGCCGGGCAGUUCACAGCCAUCGCGCACAAGUCGGGCUCGACUUCCCCUAGACAAGGUUUUCGGUCUCCGCCUGACUGGGGCAGAGCAAGAAUUCGAAGUGACAGUGGGCUGACGGCGGCUCCAGGCAGCGGAGUGGGGAGCGCGCCGGACCACCAUGCCGCGUUCGUUCCUUGUCAAGAGCAAGAAGGCUCACAGUUACCACCAGCCGCGCUCCCCGGGACCCGACUAUUCCCUCCGCCUGGAGAAUGUACUGGCGCCAGGCGGAGCAGACAGCACCUCGAGCGCAGGAGAGGCGAAGACAGAGCCCCGGGGUCGUUUGUCCCCCGACUCACAGAUGACUGAGGCCCCUGACAGAGCCUCCGCAUCUCCGGGCAGCUGUGAGGGCAGCGUCUGCGACCGGAGCUCAGAGUUUGAGGAUUUCUGGAGACCUCCGUCGCCCUCUGUGUCUCCAGCCUCAGAGAAGUCGGUGUGCCCGUCGCUGGACGAAGCCCAACCCUUCCCCCUGCCCUUCAAGCCAUACUCGUGGAGCGGCCUAGCGGGUUCUGACCUGCGGCACUUGGUGCACAGUUACCGGCCGUGCGCGGCCCUGGAGCGCGGCGCGGGCCUGGGCCUCUUCUGCGAGCGCGCCCCGGAGCCAGGCCACCCCGCGGCGCUCUACGGCCCGGAGCGGGCUGCGGGCGCCGGCGUCAAGGUGGAGUCGGAGCUGCUGUGCACCCGCUUGCUGCUGGGCGGCGACUCCUACAAGUGCAUCAAGUGCAGCAAGGUGUUCUCCACGCCGCACGGGCUCGAGGUGCACGUGCGCAGGUCCCACAGCGGCACGAGACCCUUUGCGUGCGAGAUGUGCGGCAAGACCUUCGGGCACGCGGUGAGCCUGGAGCAGCACAAAGCCGUGCACUCGCAGGAACGAAGCUUUGACUGUAAGAUCUGUGGCAAGAGCUUCAAGAGGUCAUCUACGCUGUCCACACACUUGCUUAUCCAUUCAGACACCCGGCCCUACCCUUGUCAGUACUGUGGCAAGAGGUUCCACCAAAAGUCAGACAUGAAGAAACACACCUUCAUUCACACUGGUGAGAAGCCCCACAAAUGCCAGGUGUGUGGGAAGGCAUUCAGCCAGAGCUCCAACCUCAUCACCCACAGCCGCAAGCACACAGGCUUCAAACCCUUUGGCUGUGACCUUUGUGGGAAGGGCUUCCAGAGGAAGGUGGACCUCAGGCGGCACCGGGAGACACAGCAUGGGCUCAAAUGAGGGCCCUGGCUGGCUGCAAGCAGCAAGCAUUACACAACACUACGGAGGGCAGCCUCCCCACUUGCUAUCAUCCACUUCCGACAUUUCAGGCCCUCGGAGCCAGUCCGAAGAUCCCAGCAGGGUGAGCCCCUCCACCUUACUUCCUGGAACUGCAAGAGGGGAUAAAUUACCUUUACAAAGUUCAGCCCAGAGCGGGAACCAAGUAACUUACUGGGCUGUGAACACGCCGAAUAGGCUCCCCCACACCAGAAGGAAGACU